AUGAACUCCAACUUCACUAUAGCCUGCGGGCCUGAUAGCUAUACUGUCGAUCUAGACGUCAUUACUCCCUACUCUGAAUACUUUGGACGCGCAACACAAUUUGGGAAGGAGGCUUCCGAAGGCACCAUAACACUUCAUGACGAUGAACCUGCCAUGGUCAGUCUCAUGAUCGAGUUUCUUCAUGAAGGCGACUACGACGCCACUUCCUGGAAGAUCGAUGCGCGCACAAAGGAUCUGACAUGGAUCAGAAGUUAUCGCAGCAGCCCGUACGCUAGUUGCAAAGGUUCCGAUCAGCACCACCCACACAGUGUUGAUGACAGUUCGAGGAUGCCCCACGGAGAAACAUCACCAGCAGUCGGCGCUAUGUCUUCAACCAGCUCGAAGAAGCGGAAACUUCAAACAUCACAAAACGUACAACCUGAUCAGAUCGUGCAAAAACGACAGCGGAUACUCCAAGAUAUGCCAAAGGGCUCAGGCCGAGCGCUCUACCAUACUCCAACACCCCGCCACAUGUUGCUACACCUCCAACUCUGGGAAGUUGCAGACAAGUACCUAGUACCCGACCUACAGGCGCUAUGUACAAAGAGGUUCCAGGAAGCAGCGGAAUACUACCAUCCCAAUCCCGAGACGAUUGACGCCAUCUUGUGGGUUUACGAAGACCUUCCUGAGCAUGCGACGGAUCUGCGGGAGGCGGUGUUCAUGGUCGUCGACGAGCAUCCAGAGCUGCUCGAUGAUGACGCGGUUAGGGAUUCUCCAUCUUGUCACGGUCUACGUCAGUUUAUGUCUUCACGGGAAGUUGGAAGGUCGCAGCGGGUCAUGAAUCCUCAACGCGGGAUUUGGCCUUAUGUUUCUUAG